UUAUUACUGCCGUUGCAUCAGAGGUCAAAGGAAUAAAUAUGGGUCAUACUAAGCGCACUGGCUGGAUAGUAUUACUCCCCCACAGGCGUGUCCUUAACCAAAUUCAGGAGCGAAAGUAAGUUUGGGAAUCAGUAACGGCCUCUUCCCCUUUUCAGUUUUUUGCCAAAUCCAACUAACAACAUGUUCAGUGUUAUUUAAAGCAAAGGUAACCUACCAUAUAAAAUAGCUGCUGAGCUGGUGUUAACUUGCAGCAGCUGAUCACAGACCGGACAGGACCUGCAGGACUUGCUGGGGACGGAGAAAGCAGCGCGCCAGGACAGACUGCUGCGCGUUGGCGGAGCGUAAAGACCCGUUUGUCGAAAGGAGUCACUGUGCUGGCUGAGUGUCCAACCGUGAGCGCGUAGAGUCCGGCAUGUCCAAGAGGAAAGGCGCUGAACACCGCAGCUUCGAGGCUUCAUCACUGGCUUCUCCCGCGGAUCAGAUGGUGUCGAAAAAAUGACUCGGUCUCUCUGCAUCCUCGCUUACUUUUUCUCUUUGAUCCAAUGUAGCAGCUGUGCUGACUCAGAGGAGCGUCUCAUGAACUGGCUGCUGGGAAAGAAUCGUUACAAUCCGCUCAUCCGCCCCGCCAUCAACAGGACGGAGAGAGUCACAGUGAAGCUGCAAGUGUCUCUGGCUCAGCUCAUCAGUGUGAAUGAAAGAGAACAGAUCAUGACUACAAAUGUCUGGCUCACUCAGCACUGGGUGGAUUACAGGUUAUCAUGGGACCCUGCCAAGUAUGAAGGUAUCGAUAAGCUGCGUAUUCCCUCCAAACAUGUCUGGCUCCCAGAUAUUGUCCUGUACAACAAUGCCGAUGGUACCUAUGAGGUAACGGUCUUUACCAAUGUCAUUGUCCUUUUCAAUGGCAGCAUCAACUGGCUACCUCCAGCCAUCUACAAAAGCGCCUGUAAGAUUGAGGUCAAGCAUUUUCCCUUUGAUCAGCAGAACUGCACACUCAAGUUCCGCUCUUGGACAUAUGACCACACAGAGAUAGACCUGAUCCUGAAGUCUGAAGCAGCUAGCAUGGAUGAUUUUACUCCCAGUGGCGAGUGGGAUAUCUUGGCAUUGCCAGGCAGGAGGACUGUCAACCCUCUGGAUCCCACCUAUGUGGACCUCACGUAUGACUUCAUUAUCAAGAGGAAGCCUCUUUUCUACACCAUAUACCUCAUCAUUCCCUGUGUUUUGAUCACCUCUCUGGCCAUUCUGGUCUUCUACUUACCUUCAGACUGCGGAGAAAAGAUGACCCUCUGCAUCUCCGUGCUAUUGGCUCUCACUGUGUUCCUGCUUUUAAUCUCAAAGAUUGUUCCUCCCACCUCACUGGAUGUGCCCCUGAUUGGCAAGUACCUGAUGUUUACCAUGGUGCUGGUGACCUUCUCCAUCAUCACUAGUGUGUGCGUGCUAAACGUGCACCACCGCUCUCCCAGUACCCACACCAUGCCUUCCUGGGUCAAGCUAAUAUUUCUUGUUAAACUGCCUGCCUUACUCUUUAUGAGACGCCCUCACAAUAACUCUGCACGCCAGAAACUUCGCCAACAGCGGUGUCUAGGGGCGAGAAGAGCCAUUUCGGACUUGGGUUACCGAGCUGUAUGCAAAACAGGUAUCACCAUGUCAUCUUCUGCCUUGCUGUCUUCUGACUCUGGCUUCUCCACCCCAGGACACAAAAAUAUAGUUCCCCCAGUAAACUACAGCCACUCCAACAGGAAAGGGGACUUGCGAUCCACUGAUUACCUUCCCAAUAGCUUGAAUUCUACCCUGGACCUGCAGCAGAGAAACAACUCAGAUUGGGCUGCUGAUGUCCAAGAGGCGGUGAAUGGGGUGCGCUUUGUGGCUGAGCACAUGAUGGGAGAUGAUGAUGAUCAGAGUGUGAUUGAGGACUGGAAGUAUGUGGCUAUGGUGGUGGAUCGCAUGUUUCUGUGGAUCUUUGUGAUAGUGUGUGUGGUGGGCACCAUGGGCUUAUUUCUUCAGCCUGUCUUCCAGAAUCCGAUUCCUCCCAUCCAGCAGUCCAGCUCAGAAACUCCUCGCAUAUGAUGAGCAACAAAGAAGAUGAUGAGUUUUUUGCUUUUUUUGUUUUUUUAGAAAGGAAGCUGUUAAAAUGAUGAACAGAUGAAGUGUUUUCUGUUUUUGCUUAAAUCCUCUAUAUGACAUUGGGGUCAACAAGCACGGUCAACACCGUCUGUGCCAAACCACACCAAUAUGGCACCUGGGGUGCCAAAUCAGGCAAAAGGGUGAGUUUUUGGGCGUUGUAACAGAAAUCCAUGGAACAGACAGAUCCUUUGUGCAGGAUACAUCAUGGAUAAAAUGUGUACAAAUAAUAAAAACCACACGGUCUACAGCAAUGCUUCACUGCACUGAACUAUACUGAAUAUUUACAGAGGUAUACCCAAUCUGGCAGAGAUACGAGGAACAUCUGCCUGCUGCCAGAUAUUGUUUGACUCCUUACUUGUGUAUAAGUUAUAUUACCAUGUCAUUGAAAUGUGAUGUGUGAUUAAAGAAUGAAUAAUAAACACAUGUGCUCUCUAAGUUUGAUUAAAUGUAGGAAAUCAGCAAUAAUGUCUUAAAACUGUCAGGGUCUUGCCAAAGUGCUUAGUUAAUCUAUGUUGCUGGUGAUUAAAUGUAUCCUCAGAGCC